AUGUCGCUCAGCAACGAUACCCGGCCCAGAGUGGACGGUCAUGUACAACCUCAGCUGGUCAGGAAACCGCCCUUUUCUGUCGAAGUUCCGGGCUACGAGAAGAAGGAGGGUGAAACAAUCCCACGACGAAACCCUUUAGCGAAGGACAAGCUCAUCACAAUACCGUCGGACGAUGUCACGACCAUAUAUGAGAAUCUCACCCGUGCUUCUGCCAAGUUCGGAAAUGCAAAAGCCAUUGGGACGAGGAAGAUCAUUAGAACUCACGUCGAGAACAAAAAGAUCAAGAAGAUCGUGGACGGCCAGGAACAGGAAGUGGAAAAGAAGUGGACCUACUACGAGCUCAGCGGCUACAGCUACAUCAGCUUCAUCGAGUACGAAAGGCUGGCCCACGACUACGGCUCUGGACUGCGGCACCUGGGAAUCACAAAGGAGAACAAGAUGCACCUCUACGGCGCCACCAGCGCCCACUGGCUCGCCAUGUCCCAUGCCGCAGCCUCUCAAUCCAUCCCCAUUGUCACGGCCUACGACUCUCUCGGCGAGGAGGGGCUGAGGCAUUCACUUAUUCAGACAAAGUCCGUGGCUAUCUUCCUGGACCCGAACUUGAUUCCUGCCGUGAUCAAAGUGCUCAAGGACGCCAAGGACGUCAAAUCCAUCAUCUACAACACAGAACCCACGCCCAAACCAGAAGAGCUCGAAAAGUUGAAAACGGAAUUCCCAGACCUCCAAGUUCUCAGCAUCGACGAAUUACGCAAGUCCGGCGCCGAUAACCCGGUUGAGCCUGUUCCGCCGAGCCCUGAAGAUCUGGCCUGCAUCAUGUAUACAUCCGGCUCCACGGGCCCUCCCAAAGGUGUCACCAUCAAACACAAGGCGGUGGUGGCUGCCAUGGCCGGCGUCCAGAGCAUAGUUGCCCCAUACAUUUCUACGGCGGAUGCGCUCUUGACUUACUUGCCUCAAUCCCACAUCUUUGAAUACAUGUUCGAAAAUGUCUGUUUGUUCUGGGGUGGUACUAUGGGUUAUGGCAACCCUAAGACUUUGUCCGAUGCCUCUGUUCGCAACUGCAAAGGGGACAUCCGAGAAUUCAGACCUACGAUCUUGAUUGGAGUGCCUGCUGUUUGGGAGAGCGUCAAGAAAGGCAUCCUUGCUAAAAUCAACAGCGGCUCUUUCGUUGUGAAAAACAUGUUUUGGGGUGCCUUGUCUUUGAAGCAAAUCCUUCUCGGAGCGAAACUUCCUGGGGCUGGUCUGCUCGAUGCCAUUGUAUUCAAGAAGCUGAAAGAUGCCACUGGCGGCCGCCUUCGCAUUGCUUUCAAUGGUGGAGGCCCCAUUUCCCAAGACACUAUCAAAUUCAUCAGCUACGCUAUCACUCCCAUGAUAUCGGGCUAUGGCCUCACGGAGACCUCGGCCAUGGGCGCUAUUCAGGACCCUCUAGCGUGGGAUCCUCAUGCAUUAGGUGACAUUCCAGGCUGUAUCGAGAUCAAGUUGGUCGAUUUCCCAGACGCCGGCUACUUCUCGACAAACAAACCCCCUCAGGGCGAAAUCUGGAUUCGUGGGCCUUCUGUUACGGAAGGCUACUGGGACAAUGAGCAGGAAACAAAAGAGGCCAUCACGGAGGACAAAUGGUUCAAGACAGGCGACAUCGGAGAAUUCAAUGCCAAUGGUCAUUUACUCAUCAUCGACCGGAAGAAGAAUCUAGUCAAGACGUUGAACGGAGAGUAUAUUGCGCUAGAGAAGCUGGAGUCUGCAUAUCGUACCUCUCCUCUAGUCGGGAACAUUUGCGUUUUCGCGGCUGAGGACAAGGCGAAGCCAGUCGCCAUCAUUGUGCCGGUCGAAGCCGUAUUGAAAAAACUUGCGGCCGCGAACGGGAUCAAGGGAGAGCACCUGGAAGAAAUGGUCCACGACAAGAAGCUCAACUCGAUUGUCUUGAAGGAGGUCCAGAAAGCUGGACGCGAAGUUGGUCUUGCCGGCAUCGAACUGAUCGACGGUGUGGUCUUAGCGGACGAGGAGUGGACUCCACAAAAUGGCUUUAUAUCACCCGCACAAAAGCUUCAACGGAAGAAGAUCCAAGCCCACUACAAAAAGGAGAUUCAGAAAGCGUACGGCAACUGA